AUGACAAGGUUCUCCGAUCUUCCUAACGAUGUUGUGGAGUCUAUAUUGGGGGAGAGGGUUCUUACAUUCGACGAAGUGAAGCAAUUUCUUUACUAUAAGUGUACUUAUGAUGGAGCACUAAGAGAGUUGUUGAAAAGAAGCAGUGUGCUAGUUGACCUCCGGCCACAGGAAGAACAGGAUAUGGGCACACGAGCAUCCAAUUUAAGACGUGUCAAAUAUUCGUUGGCAGAGUUACUUGAGGUAUUUAAAUCGCAAAGAAAUGUGUUGGCGAUCAAAGCGUUCACAUUAGUGAUGAACUUCGAGCAUGUUCUUCAUAUAUUAGGAGAUGACCUUUGCAAUUUGAGGAAAAUACUUCAAGGGCUUACGAAAAAACGUAUCAACAUAAUAAUUCAAAGAAAGUCGAACCUAGAUCUCAACGUGCUAAGAAAAAUCACUGACAGUAUAGGCUCUGUCGUUAACGACUUGAAUUGUGAACAUUUUGUUAGAAUAUUCUUCAAUGAUUUGCAAUCUGAUCAUUUUAGAGAGUACAAGACAGUUAAUCUCACUACUUCAGGUCUUAACAGCUUGGCAGUGGAGUUUAAUGAUGCUACAGACUUGACGAUAGAGGUCAGCAAAGAUCUCAAGUCGCUAUCCGCAUCUCUCUGUACCAUGUUAUCUAGACUUUACCUAGAUGCUAGUUUGCCGAACAAUUUGCAGCGACUUGAGCUCCGAUUAUGUAUAAGCUUCAAUUAUAGCUCUUUAAGAAUGUUGCCUCACCUCAAAGAACUAAUAAUCAUCUCGUCUGAAAUUGACUAUAAAGAGCUCAACAAUAUGUGCUUGAUGAGCCUAGAGUCGUUGCAUUUGGAGGAUAAUGACUUGGGUGAUAUCAAUUGUAUACCCUUGGCAAAGAUGGCGCCUAACUUGAAGGAAUUAAUCGUGUUAAAUCAAGAUAGCAACUUCCGAUUUACAGAUGUCAUGUUACCAUCAGCUCUCAAAAAGUUGACACUAACAAACAAUAAUAUGGAGGAAAUCAAAGGCACUAGACUUUCGGGAUUGGAAAACUUGGAUCUUUCAAAAAAUCGGUUGAAAGAUAUAGCCGUGCUUUGGUCAGACCCACUUCCUCAUAUUCAAAAACUUAAUUUGGCAUAUAACGAAUCAGUCAUAAGGGAUACAUGUCGCUUCACAAACUACAGUUUUUCAGAUUGCAUAUUUUCGAAUAUAACAGAACUUUCGCUAGAGGGCUGCAAUAUUACUGACAUAGAUAUGGAACGUUUAAGCGACAUGUAUGAGGGAAGACCGUUGUCUUCAAAUUUGCAUACAUUGUCUCUUUCGAAAAACAAAUUGCUGAACUUGCGUUGCUUUGACUCAAGAUUCUUUUCCAGCUUACCCUUGAGAAUGCUUGAUCUCUCAUUUAAUAAGUUUACUUAUAUUAACAGUGAAAACUUUCCAAUUUCAAAAGCUUCACACCCCUAUAUCUAUCUGAUUGACUUUUCCAAAAACUUUGCUCUCUCAAGAGUUUACAAUUUGAAUUUGAAGCAUGAUAUCCUCAUUGUGAACUUCAAGCAUACAAGAAUCAAUAAUAUAUCUUCGUCUAUUUUUGGAGGAAAAAAUGUCACAAUCAUCAAAUAA